UGCCCCGCGCCGCGGGCAGCCGAGAAUCCACGCAUCAUGGGGACCUCACUGCUCCUGCUGCCGCUCCUCAUCGGGGCAGCCAGCGCGGACGUCAAUGUACGCUUCACGGAGGGCUUUGGCCACCCGGAGACCAACACCUGGGAUAGCAGCUGCCGCGGCGGCGCGUACCGCGCAGCCGCGCUCACCAAAGCGGCGGGCCUGCGCAUCGACGGUGGGGGCGUCGCCUACCAAUGCGGCUCUGACACAGCUUGCGCGCAAGUCUUCGCCUCGAUGGGCUACGACGGCUGGGCGCUCAACGCCGACGACCUCGCGUCGGGGUCGCUGGACACCUUCAUCACCAACGUUGGCAGCAAGCCGGUGUUGUCGAACUACGCCUCGAGCUAUACCUCGACAUUCGCGAACAUCGGCGGCGCCGUGCUGCUGGCGGUAGCGGAUGGCGGCACGACCAAGUACCGCCAGGCCGUCGCCGUCGCGCUCACCGAGGCGCGGAACGCCGGCAUCGACUUCGACACCACGCCGGUCAUUCUCCUGGUGAGCGGCAUCUCGACCGUCGACAUCGACGACCUCGGCGGGAUCAACGCCGCGGACGCCGUGGAGAAGCUCGCCAUGGAGACAGCGGACGUCGACCUCGUCAUCGCGACGGGCAUCUCCGGCCUGUCCACGAGCAGCUACGGGGAGGGCACCAACUGGGCGGGAGAAAGGGUCUACCUGGUCGGCUCCGACGCCUCGACGACCGUCCAGACGAUGGCGCUCGGCUUCAACGACGGGACCGGCGCACCGUCGUCGAUGGACAGAGAUGACGAGCCUUGCAGUGAGAGCAACUAUGACGAGUUCAUUUAUAAAAUGAUCUACGGCAACGUCGACACCGUGCAGAUCGGCAUGCUCUGCGACACGGGCGCCGCCGGGCGCGAGGAGUGCGACGCGGGGCGGGCGGCGUUCGAGGCGAUCAAUAACAAGAACGACGGCAUCUUCGACGACGUGCUGACAUCGACGAAGCUAGAGGUGACGGUUGCGUCUUUUGACGGCAACAACUGCGGGCUCGGCGCCUCGGCGCGGGAGGCGUGGCGGACCGACCUCGCCGCGGCCAAUCCGGUCGCGGUCGUCGGGCCCGGCGGUACGACGUGCGUGAAAUCGGUCGCAUCGAACUCUAACCGCCAGACUCUGGCAAGCUACGGUCUCCGGGAUGACGCGGUCGUCAUCUCCGAGUCGUCGACGGCCACGGUCGCCAGCGACCGGUCCAUCUACCCCAACCUGGCGCGCCUCGUGAGCACCGAGGACACGGUCAGCCAGGGGGUGUUGGCCGCAUUUCAGAAAUACGGCUGGACUCGCCUCGCCAUCGUGUACGACGCCACCGACGAGUGGGCCGCGGACACCGCGAGGGUAGUGAGCGAAAACCUCGGCGCCGCGGGCAUCGCCACCCUGGGCGACAAGUGCGUGUCGCGGUCGUGCGCGACAUCGGAAAGCAAGUCGGAUCACAGGGGUCCCAAGAAGAGCAUACGAUUCGACAAAGCGGACCCCCACUGGGGCAACACCCUCAUAUCCACGGACGUGGCCGACUCAAUUCUCGACGAACUGGUCGCACUCGACGCCAAGAUCAUCUACCUCAUGAUCCAGCCCUCCGACACCAAGGUGCUCUUCGAGCGGAUCUAUCAAACAAAGAAGUGCUAUGGGGCCGGGCACGCCUAUUUUACCGGGUGGCCCUCGGACCAAAUGUUUUUGAACGACGACGGAAAGGCGAGCACGGACGCCGCCUACGGCGCCGUGGGGCUGCUGACCGUCAAGGAGCGCCAGGACACGUCCGGUAGCGUCGCACAGGCCUUGAUCGCCGCCCGCGAGGGCAGCAUGGACGAGACCGUGUGCGCGCAGAACGACUAUGUCAACGACGGCAGGUACUGCGACGUCGACGGGGACGCCUCCACGCUGGGCGGCGGCUACGGCCCGUUCGUGGUCGACUCCGUGAUCACGCUGGCGAAGGCGCUCGACUCGCUCAGCAGCAGCUCCGACCGCCAGAACCCGGAAAAGAUCUACGAGGCGAUUGGGGACGUCGGGAGGGCGGGUUUCGAGGCCUAUUCGGGCACCGUGGUUCUGAACACCUACAAGGAGCGCGUGGGCUCCAUGGCGAUCAGAAAUUACCAGCUCGAGGAGAAGGCGAUCGAAAACGAGGAAAGGCGCCUCGCCGUGGAUCUGACGUCGACUUCCCUGGCCGACAAGGUCGUCGCCAACAUCGUGGGCGGCCAGUGGGUGCCGGAAGCCGGCAUGUCGAUCAUCUUCCCGGGCGGCACGACGAAGGUGCCUCUGGACCGCACGCCCGAAAGCGACGACGGCAAGGGCAAGGUCGACAUGGGCCUUAUCUUAGGCUUAAUCUUCGGCCUCUUCCUCCCGAUCCUCCUCUGCAUCGGCGUCGGCUUCUACCUCUACCGCCGGAAGAAGAUCGAGAAAUCCCGCAAACAAAAAGCGACGAUCCAGCAGGCCCAGGACGAGCUCCAGGCCUUCAAGGAGAGCGUCGUGAACAUGAGGGUUGUGGUCGAGGCGGCGGCGCCCGGGGGUAGCGCCGCGGAAAAUGCGCCGCCGGCCGCGCCCGCCAAGUGGUACUGGGAGGAGAGCGUCGCGCGGCUGACGGCGCACGCCGUCGUCAAGCCGCCCCACUGGAUCCCUUAUGAUGAUCAAACCUCGGCCCAGCUCGAGGCGGCGAGGGCCAAAGCUUCGGUCGGCGGCUCGCCGGUCGUGCCCCUGUCGGCCGCGUACCACGCGAACGUCCUCGAGAUGAAGCAGACGAACGUGCGUACCGGCUUCUCGCGGGCGCUUCUGCGGGACGCGCCGCCGCCUCCCAAAUCUUCGUCGUGGUUUGGUUCCAGGGACGCACCUCCUCCGCCUCCCCCAUUACCCGCGGACAUCGACGCCGACGAGCGCACUUGUUUGGUCUGCGACGUGGGUGCUAUCUUACAACUGGCCAAACAACGGGACGACGGCUGGGCCUUCGGAAGCGUCGUCCUCGCGGCCGACGGCGCGCUGAGCACGGACCCGGGCUACGGCUGGAACCGCAACCAGGGCUGGUUCCAGAUGGAGAAGACCGACGUGCCGACCGCGGACCAGUUAGCCGAGUUGCAGAAAGUACUGGGCGGAAGCGGCGGCACCGACGCUCUAGCCACGCCAAAGUACUGGGACGAAGUCAAGGACCCCACCGUCGUCGAGUACUUUAGAUUAGAUCCUAGGUCGCCGGCGACGCGCGACGAGUACACGAGGUGUGUGGACGCCUUCAUGCUCACGCUCGAUCGCUCGAAGUUCCGCAUCCACUCCGUCGACCGCGUCCAGAACAUCAGUCUGUGGCAGUCCUACGCCGUGAAGAAGGCCGCGACCUGUUCUCGUGAAGAUGAUCCUGAUAAGGCGGCGCGGAAGUAUGUUCGAGCUUGGUUGUUUCACGGCUGCCCGAGUGACGUCGUUCCCAAGAUCCUGCAGCAGGGUUUUAAUCGUAGUUUCUGCGGCAAGAACGCGACGCUCUACGGCAAGGGCGUGUACUUCGCGCGCGACGCGUCGUACUCGACCUUUCCAUUGUAUUGCGCGCCCGACGCCCAGGGCGUGCAGACCAUUUUCUUGGUGCGCGCCGUCGUCGGCCAGUGGUCCAAGGGCGUCAAGGACGCGCUCACGCCCGACGUCCGCGACGCGGCGCGCAACAUCCUGUACGACUGCACGGUCGACAACGUCAGGGACCCCUCCAUCUUCGUCACGUACCACGACGCCCAGGCGUACCCCGAGUACAUGAUCAAGUUCUCGCAGACGACGCAGCACACCGGCCACCCCAAGGCCGGCCUGCCGGCGCACCGCCCCUACCGGUGUGGAAAUCAAAUUUACGGCGCGUUCGCUCGUUCUUCGCACCCGACUCACUGGUCGAUUUCCACGCAGGCCUCUACCGGCCCAACCUGGUCGAGGGCAUCGAGUAGGGCGCCCUAUCCUACGCACAAAUUCGCCUCCCCCUGCCCCCUCCCCCUUUCACACCGCGAGCUACUCACAGAACACACUCCCUUUCGCGACACACCGCGAGCUCUAGCUCGCGGUGCACACCCUCCGAAGUCUGGGUCACGAGUAACACUUA